AUGGGGGUAACCAUUCCCGUGCCACAGAAAGAGUCGGAGGAGAGGCCGCGUGGAGUCACCUCCACGGAGCUCAGCUGGUCUAUGCAAAUGGACGCUGAGCACCCUCUCUCAGACCCGGACGAGUUGGACCUGGGCCUCGGGGCCUCCGGAGACAACCUCGUCGAGUUUCCCGACUCUGGGGAUGAGCCCAUAAGUCUCCCGUCCGAGGAGGACGAGGACUUGAUUAUGGAGCAAUUUACCCUGACUCAAGCCACAAGGCCGGGAAGCGCGACAGCCAGCAGUGGAUCACCGACUCCACCUGCUGCACAGAGCCUGCAUGAGGUUUGCCGCAGAGCAGCUGCAAAGCUGGGCAUCGAGUGGCCGGAGGCCCCCGCCGAGGCCGCAAAGUCUCGAUACAAGGGCCGAAGGCUUCCGAAAAUUAAAACCUCGGAGAAACAGCUCUUUCCCCCCGUCGAACCCCUGGUGGCCUCUCACCUCCAUCCCUCACAGCGAAAAGUGCCCGUCUCAAAAGUCCCCUCUCAGUUUCCUCCGCGGCCGGUACCAAACGGACAGGCCGCGUACCGCAACUCCAAACGCCCGACGCAGCCCCAGCCUCAGAGCAGCGCGCCUCCUGAGCUCAAGGGUGCGUGGACCAGGAGACCUUUUGCCCCGAGAGCGAAGACUGGACCCCAACAGGGCCAGCCCGCCUCCCACGGGGCAAAGAAGAAGAAGCGGGACUCCUAG